AUGAAUUUUGAGGUUAACAACGAUGUAUCUGAAAUUCAUCCAUGGAUUGUUGACUUAUCAAAAACUCUUGAAAUUCAUCAUGCAAUUAAUUUUAUUGAUGAUCAAGAUAAUGAUAGAUAUGAUUCUUGGAAGUUCUCUUUGAUUGGGAGACUGGAUUUUCUUCGUAUUAAAUUUUCAGAAGAUGCUAUUCUAUUGAGAAAUCAAUGGAUUUUAAAGGGUCAAUGUCAUCUGAUACCACUAGGUAAAGGUUUUUUUACGAUCAAGUUAGAUAAUGAAGAAGAUAAAAAUUACAUCAGAACUGGUAACUGGGAAGUCUUGGAUCAAAUAUUAAGAGUUAGAAACUGGAUUCCAAAUUUCAGAUCAGAGAAUCAACGCACUUCUAAAGCCAUGGUUUGGGUUCAAAUUCCAGGCUUAAGUCUAGAAUACUGGGAUGAAAAAACUCUUUUCAAGAUUAGCAGAGCCAUUGGUAAUCCAAUCAAGGUUGAUGCAGCUACUUUGAAUUAUGAGAGUGGAUACUAUGCUAAAGUUCUAAUUGAAAUUGACUUAGCUAAAAGUAUUCCUAAUAAACUUUGGAUUGUUACAAGAUAUGGAGCUUUUUCUCAAGGGGUAACUCUAAAAAAUUUACCGAAAUUCUGUCACAAAUGUAAAAUUGUUGGACAUCAAUUGUCUGAAUGCAGAAUGCAAUCUACUGCAACAGAUAGACAGAAGGCUUCUAAUUCCUCACCAACAAAGAAUACACAUAAUGAUACUCCUACUCCACUGAUGGUUAAUCAGUCUCCACUUGUUCCAAGCUUAAAUCCUAUACCAAUUGAGAUAUCCCAGUCUUCAAAUCCAAAUACUUCAAGUAUCACCAAAGGUAAUUCUUCUUUAGCUCCAGCAGAGACUACUACAAAUGUUGAAGCUCCAGCAGAGACCACUACAAAUGUUGAAGCUCCUUUUAUUGAUUUUAUAAGAGGGGUCUCUAAUCCAGGUUUAAAUCCUAUCUCUAAUCAUGUUAUUCAAACUAAUAAUAAUAAAUAUGAAGUUUUACAAGACAAUGAUAGUGAAUAUUCUGAAAUUGAAGAUGGUGAAAUCAGAGAGGUCAGUUCCUCAAGUUUAUUAGAAUUUGGUUCAAUAUCUCAACCAGUCACUAUUCUGCAAAAAGAAAAAGUUAUAACUCAAUAUGUCCCUGAAGCUAAUGAAAGUAGCAAAAUAACUGGAAAGAAAAAGCCUCCAGUGAAACCAGCUGUAGUUACAAGAAAGGCUAGUAAAGAAAGUAUGAAGCAUAUGGUUGAUAAAGGGAGUCCAACUCCUCCUCCUCAACCUCCUUUCAAAUGA